GGCCGAAGCUCGCGGCCACAGGCGAACCUCAGAAGUACAUUAUGUACUAAUCGCGCUGGGUUUGAAUAAUGCCCAGGUGCCCGCGUGAGCGCGAGUGUUUUCAAGCCGUUUUUUCUCUCGAUCGUAUUGGUCUGUGGUAACUCGAAUUUGUUCAACUUCUGAUUCGAUUAUAGCGUGUGUGUUUGUGUGUGUUUUUUUUUUAAUUUUAUCAUAUGGUUUGUGUAAAUCACAAGUGUCAGGUAAAGAAUACAUUUUAAUUUACAAACGGGUCUUCUCUUGCUUACAUUUUCUUAUUGAUUUUAAAGAAAUUGAAAGUACACAGAUGAAAUGUUACAGUGGUACACAGCGUCUGCGACUGUUUGCACUUACUUGACAGAGGCAACAGUAGGAUGCUGCGCUCCGAGUGAUUUUGCAAAAAAAAAAAAAACUGUAAAACAGAUUUGUCGAAAAAAUAGCCGCUAUAGACUUUCGAUUUUUUCGACGCUGUGAAUUGCGAAAAGAACCGUAAAACCGAAAGCGAAACAGCAGCCUCGGAGGCAGCUGAGCGGAGUGAAGAAAAAAUCGCGCUCGAAAUCAAGUCAUAGCGAGAGAUAAUCGGCAAAGUCCUAAUCGAGCGAUUCCAGUGUCCACUCGCGGCUAAUACCCCGGAAACCGAGAGCGAAGCCUUUCGCGCGGCUCGGGUAUAGCUCCGCGGUACAGCAAAAAGCCGCGCUAUCAUCCAUCACACCCGAUCCCAUAUUCCUAUAACCGAUACCUGUACCCACGCGCGUUAUAAAACCGUGGCAGAAAAAAAAAAAAAAAAACUUUCGCAUUUCGUUUAUACGGUAUAAGUAACUGAUACUUGGAGAACGGAAUAGCCGGGGGUUUAAUUGCAGUUGUUCGUCGCCGUAGCGGAGAGUUUAUAUAAUUGCGCAGCUGAGCGUGGCAUCCAACUAGAGCUAGCGCUGUGUAUAUAGUAUAUAUAGAACCAAAGUGCAUCGGCGAUUCGUAAUCGGCGCUGCAACUCUAACCCGAUUACGCUCUCGGUUAUUUCAUAGGUGGCCGUAACACAAAGCUCGCCGGAGGAAAAAUUAUAAGAGGGUUGCGCAACGAGUGCAGGCGUAUUUUAUAAUACGAGCAGAGCCGGAGGCUUUGAUGCGGCGCUUAUACGUGCGCUAAUGACGACGACGGCGACGAUCGGCCAGUUCGCGCGGCUGAGCCGCCGCAGCGAACUGGUGCAGCCAACGGCGAGGCUGCUGCUGUUGCAGCGAGCCAUGCAGACGCUGGCCUCCGAGACGGAUGUGGCCACCUCCAGGGUGAGACCCUACGCAGAGAUGCCCGGGCCUACGCCGAUACCCUUUCUAGGAAAUACCUGGAGGUUCAUACCUUUUAUAGGUAACUUCAAGAUCCACGAAGUCGACAAAGUGUCCCGUCGACUGCACGAGGAGUACGGUGACAUAGUGAAGAUGGAGGGACUGCUGAAUCGGCCGGACAUGGUGUUCGUGUACGACGCCGACGAGAUCGAGCGAAUUUUCCGACAGGAAGAGCGGAUGCCGCACAGGCCCAAGAUGCCCUCGCUCGACUACUACAAGCACACGCUUCGCAAAGACGUAUUCUGCGAGAAUCCCGGUGUCAUCGCUGUACACGGCGAGGGCUGGUACAAUUUCCGGAGCAAAGUGCAACAGGUGAUGCUGCAGCCUCGGACGGCGCGCAUGUACAUCGGCACCAUCGACGAGGCUAGUCAAGCUUUUCUCGAGAGGAUAGAGAAGAUUAAAGACGAGGCGGACGAGGUGCCUGGGAACUUUCUGAGCGAGAUACACAAGUGGUCCCUCGAGUCAAUUGCAAGAGUCGCACUGGACGUGAGAUUAGGCUGCUUGGACGCGGAGCAUGCACCCCGAGAGACCCAAGAGUUGAUAAACGCAGUCCUGGUUUUCUUCAAAAACGUCGGCGUGCUCGAGCUCAAGAUUCCUUUCUGGAAGUUCUUCAGCACGCCGACCUGGCGCAAGUACAUCAACGCACUCGACGUAAUCCUGAGCACGACAUCAAAAUACACAAGAGAGGCUCUCGAGAGGGCGAAACUAUGCAACAAGGAGAAGGACGAGCUGUCGCUGUUGGAGCGCGUGCUUGCGAUCGAGGGCAACGAGCGGCUCGCGACCACUCUUGCUUUCGAUCUCUUCUUGGUCGGCAUCGAUACGACCUCGAAUUCCGUGGCAUCGGUACUGUACCAGCUGGCUCUGCAUCCAGAGAAACAGGACAUCCUCUACCAAGAGAUAAAAAGAGUCCUGCCAGCCGAUGGUCGUUUCGAAGCCGGUCACAUCGACCAACUGAAGUACCUGAAAGCGUGCGUAAGAGAAACGCAAAGAAUGUACCCGGUGGUAAUCGGCAACGGGAGAUGCACACAGAGCGACACCGUCAUCAGCGGCUACCACGUACCCAAAGGCGUGCACGUGGUCUUCCAGCACUACGUUAUCAGCAACACCGAGCGCUACUUCCCGAAGUGCCAGCAGUUCCUGCCAGAGCGCUGGAUCGGUUCGGGAUCGUUAGAAGCACCGGCGCCGCGUCACGCCUUCGCCUCGCUGCCCUUUGGCUAUGGCAGACGCAUGUGCCUCGGGCGUAGAUUCGCCGAGCUCGAGAUUAUCGUAGUCCUCAGUAAGAUAUUUCGAAGGUACCGAGUGGAGUACCACCACGAAAAACUCGAGUACUACAUCGACCCAAUGUACACGCCGAAAGGACCGCUGAAAUUCAAGUUUGUCAAGAGGUGAAGGCCUAUGAAGGCAACUCAAGUGUAUAAAUUCUUCGCAGUAAGGUGUUUAUUACUAGUUUUAAUAUAAUAUAAGCAUGACCGUUAAAUACAUUCGUAUACACAAAGAUCGUGUCUAAAAAAUUUGUACAAAAAAAGUCUUGAUUCUGUAAGCUUGCAAGCUCCAACCUGCAGGCACUCAUAAUGUACGCCUGCGGGCUCUUGUGCAUAUGAAUAAAUUCGAGCUCCAAGUCA